ACAUAACCAAAGUGACCGAAAGAGGGUCUUCAAGCCUUUGAACUUGUUAAGACAGAACAGUAGGAAAAAGUUUCAGAGUUCUAGUGUCAGCUCAAAAAGAAGUUAAAGGAACAAAACCCACCAAGCCAAUUUCAAGAACUGUCAAAAGAGACUUCAAACAUUAAAGAUAGUACGUCAAUUUGAUGCAAAGGAAAGAAUAAUAUAACACGGGAAUAGUCAAAGAAACAAUCUAGAUGUGAAGGUGUGCGCAAUAAUUCUUUAUAUAAAAAAAGACACGUACGUGGAAUCACGACGUUUGCGAGCUAGAAACAUGGAGCUAGAAAUGCUACUACGGAACCACGCUUCAGCAAAGAAAUCUGAUGAGAAUUCUCAAGAAGAUGAAAAGAAAGAAGACAAAUACUUUCAGAAGAUGUAUCAGCAGUGGAAGGGUGUGAAGACUAAGAAUGAUUCCACUUAUAAAGUCAUACCAAAAUUCUAUUUCAAGUUGCCGAAAGAAGAUGAGAUUCUACCACAGAAAUUACGUGAGGAAACACGCGCCUUAUUCCUACAAAGACGUUCUAGACAAUUACUCGAUAACCAUGAAUUGAAAGCCCUCUGGGUUUUGUUGGACAAACAUCACAGCCCGCCUUUGUCAGGAGACGAGCAGUUAAUUAAUUAUGAGGACUUUAAGAAAGUAGGCAAACUGGCAGGAGCAAAGUGCAGUCCGUAUUUUACUGCAGUUGUUUUUGCUAAACUACAACAAGGAGAUCUACAUGGUAGAAUUAGCAUAAUGGCAUUAUUCAAUUACGUCAUGCGAAAAGUUUGGUUACAUCAAACAAGGAUUGGACUAUCUUUAUAUGAUAUUACUGGACAGGGUUAUCUUAGAGAGUCGGAUUUGGAAAAUUACAUCUUAGAACUGAUACCAACAUUGCCACAACUUGAAGGCUUGGAAAAGUCCUUCCAUUCGUUUUACGUGUGCACAGCCGUCAGGAAAUUCUUAUUCUUCUUAGACCCGCUUCGAACUGGAAGAGUUCGUAUUCAGGAUAUUUUAGCGUGUAGCUUUUUGGACGAUCUUCUAGAAUUGAGAGACGAGGAUUUGCCGAAAGAUUUGCAAGAAGCCAAUUGGUUCUCUGCGCCUUCGGCCCUUAAAGUUUACGGGCAAUAUCUUAAUCUGGACAGAGAUCACAAUGGAAUGUUGAAUAAAGAGGAACUCGCUGGAUAUGGCACUGGUACUCUAACCGGUGUUUUUCUCGAACGAGUAUUUCAAGAAUGUCUUACCUAUGAAGGCGAGAUGGAUUACAAGACGUAUUUGGAUUUCGUUUUAGCAUUAGAGAAUCGGCACGAACCUCAGAGUCUUCAUUACCUCUUUCGAAUUCUCGACAUUAAUAAUCGUGGUUACUUGGAUACUUUUUGUCUGAAUUAUUUUUUCCGGGCGAUACAAGAACAGAUGACAAUGCAUGGUCAAGAGCCCGUUAGUUUUGAAGAUGUCAAAGAUGAGAUAUUCGAUAUGGUGAAGCCAGCAGAUCCGUGUAAAAUUACGCUGCAGGACUUACUGUCUUGCGGACAAGGCGACACGAUGGUCAGUAUCCUGAUCGAAUUCCACGGCUUUUGGGCAUAUGAAAAUCGCGAAGCUAUGGCGGCUGAUACCGGAGAUGAAUCGUCCCAUGUAUGACGAAGCACUUCCCAUCCAAGAAUACGAGAUAAACGUCCCGAGAUAGAUAGCGCACGACUGGACAUUAACACUUAAUGUGUUUAACACGAUAUUGUGAUGAUACGCAUUUUGUAGUAACAAAAUUUUUAUAUUUUAUUAUGUGCCAGAACAUGGCAAUCACCGUCU